UUAGAAGGCGGCAAUUAAUUUAUGGGUCCACUUGUAGAAAAAGUAAAGGUGUCCGAAUAUUUAGUUGUUUGGGCUCGUAGUAUCCAAUCUUCUGAUCACCCCUCUCAGUUUAUCGAUACAAUAGUCGCUUCUUGGCGCAGCAGUGGCAACAUGGCAGUCACGUGAUUUUUGACAGCAAACUGACACGCGACAGGUAAGAUUCAAAAUCAAUUUUUCAUUGGGGUUUACGUUUUGUGGAUGUGUUAAUUCGUAGAGCUUUUUAAGAAAUAAGCUUAAUUAAUUGAUUUAUAGAAUUACUGUAUUACAUAAUUCUCCAGCGCGUAGGAAGCAGAUAUUAAGCUUACGAUGUAGUUUACUGUGCAGUUAGAUUAGUAAUAGAAUACUGUCAUGUCAUAAUCCGCUGAUAAAAAACGGACAAAGAAUCGAAUGAUCCAUUUGGCAGAAAGAGAUCAAGCAUGCAGGAGAAAAUCGGUUUUAUCGCAAAAUGAAAUCCAAUCUGUCGUCUACAAACAUAGCAGCAUAUGAUAAGCAAGAGAGUGUAAUUACUGAUAAAUCUGUGAGUCCUUCUUCCAGCCCUAGGAGCAGCCCUAGGCCCUCCCCUAGACCGCAGAAUAAACGAGACCAUUCCAAAUCUGAUUCACUUUUAGCUGUUAAUUAUAAUAAGGAACCUCACAAUACAAAGCAGGAUGGAUCUCCUUCGGAAAACGAUUUUUUGAAAGUAUGUGGAUAAAAGACAUAGAGAACUGAAAGAACAAGCCAUCAAAGAAAAAAUCAACUCAUUUGCUCAAACGGUUUUUGAGUUGUAGAUGUAAUUUGACAAAUAUUUUGGCAAAACCACGCCUCCCGCUGACCACUCCCACGGCGGAAGAUUAUUGGCCCUAUUUAAGACAGGUGCGUCGUUUGCCAUGCUGACUAGUUACCGUGUUGCCACGCGUGUGAUUUAUUCUUUGAGUACAUAAGUGUUGUAGCUGUGAUUAUUUUCAUUGUUUUAA